AUGAAUACGUUACGUUUACAUGCAUCUGCUGAAGAUAUUAGUAAAGAUUAUUUAUCACCAUAUCGUAUGUCCAAUCCAAUGACAACAAUUGGUAUCCAAGAAUUGCCAUUAGAAGAACUCAAUUACAAUACUCUACUUGAAAUUCUUCAAGAAAUUCAAACUGGUGCCAUAAGAAAACCUGACCAUUUCAAUAAUUUUCAUUUUCUUUUGUUUUUACUAUACGAUGCUCAUGGUUACACGCGAGAUCGAUAUCCACUAUGGCGUUGGUAUCAUCGUAUCAAGAAAAAGCUCCUCACUGCUAAACAUCUCACGAUAGAAAACGACGAUUCUCGUCGUCAUAUUCUUUCCGCACUUGAACAUUUGAUUGAUUCAACACCAAAUAUUUCCACAGCGAUCGAAGAUCCAGUUCAAUUAGAACAGCAAUAUCUCCAUUCUCCAAUUCAUGGAUUGUUUAAAGCAUACACUUGUUUACACACGUAUUUGUAUAUGGAACAAAUGGAUAAGCCGAUUAUUAAUGAAAACGAAAAAAUUUUUAAUGCCUUACAAGCGUCGUUUAUGAAAUUUUUGCGAUAUGAUUAUUGUGAUUUGAUACAUUUCGCAAUUGCACAUAAAAAAGUCAGCUUAUUAGAUAAAAUCUACAAUGGUUCAGGCAAUUGGUUGGAUGCAUCGAUGAACUCUGCUACUGAACGUGGAUGGUUACCAUUGCAUUAUGCAACUUACGUUGGUGAUAAAGAAACAGUUAAAAUAAUAUGUGAUACAUUGACAGCUCUAGCACAAUCGAAUCAGUUCGAUACUUUGUCUUUGCUGAUACCUACAUUUCAACGUCGAGAAUUCGAAAACAAUCCCAAUAAAUAUAUACUCAAAGCAUGUGGUGUAGAGCGUGAUACACAUCCAGCUAAACAACGGAAACAUUCAUUACCAUCGUUAGAACCAUCGGUUUUACUCGACAGUCAUAAUAUAAUGUUAAGACAACAAUAUUUGCAACAAAAAUUUCGUUCGCGCAUGGAUUCUCAAACAGCACGAGAUCAACCAUCAUUAGCGACAAAUAAUGCAACAGACGAUCAUCAAAGUAUUGGCACGGCGAAUAAUAGUACCAAUGAUAAUGACAUUCCUGAUGCUGAUGAACUCGAAUUAAGUUCAUUGCCAUUGAUUCAACGUGAAGAAUUUAUUGAAAAGAUUAUUCAUGGUACUGAUACAAAACAAAUGCUAAUUCCCUCACCAUUAACUCUGGCAUGUAUAGCAACGUUCGGCGAGAAAGCUGAUUAUGAGGAAGUUGUGAAAAUUCUACUUGAUUCACAUCUUGUGGAAUUCGAUGGUCUCAAUCAUGAAUGCAUACUCAAUCGUGUACUUGAUUAUAUGCACAAGAGAGACUAUGCAUCAUUUCAACAUGUUCUAGUCUAUCGUGAUACUGAAACCGAGGGACCAUCUGCAUUUAUAUUCUAUCAAUUCGAUGGUUUUAUUGUACAUCAAGAUGUUAAACCGGUUUCGGGCGCCAUGUCGGGCUCAUCUGUUACAUUGAACACAUCGAAAAAUGAUGAGUCAGUGGCAUCCGAUGAUGGUCAUGCCACAGAAACACCUAUCAGUGUUCGUUGCUUUUUAACUGUUCUCGUUCUUCGAGAUAUUUUCCUUCAAUACCCACGUUGGGAUUUUCACCUUCUACGUGAAAAUAUCGAAGAACAUUUCAUUGAAUUAGAAAAUGCACUCGGUUGUCGCCCAACGAUCUUAUAUCCAGAUGGUGAUGUGAUAUCUUCACGUAAACGUAGUGACGUGACAUGGGAAGUUAUUGUUAAAUACCGCUUAAGUUCAGAAACUGGCCAAUCCCUGUAUAUGCAAGUUGAUUAUUACUUUUUUGAAACAUUCGGUGAUCCAUUAUCGGAUGCACUAGCUAAUGUCUAUCAAACUCCGUUUUAUCUUUCGUGUAUGACGGAUUCGACUAUGAUGAUGGAUACGAUCUUCGAUUCAUUUUUUAAACGACGGAAUUUGCACUGUUGGGGCACGAUAGCAGAAAGACAUUUGGAACAUUGUUUCGAUGGAGUUUUACAAAUCAAAAACAACUGUUCAACAUUCUUAGCACUAUGCACAACUUUAAGUCGAUAUUAUCAAGUUGACGGUGAUCCAUUCAUGGAAGAAAAUUCUGCAACUAUACAACGUAUAUUCGUUCACGCAUUUGCUUGCUGUGUACGUCGUAAUGCCAAGAUCGAAUUGGAUUAUCUGAUUAAAAACCACGCUUUGAUUUACUAUGAUUCCUGUCGAACAAAGCCCAGUGAUAUUCGACAUAAUAUUCUGACGUACUGUGUGGUUCGAAAUUUAGCGAAUGUUUUUGAUCAAUUAAUGACCAACAUGAAAACAACUAUGUACAAAACCUAUCAGAAUUCCACAAAUCCCGAUUGGCAACCUCAUAUAGCUUGGAGAGAAAUCAUUCACGUGAUUAUCGAUCCUGUUUCACAAUUACAGAGUGGGAAUACCGAGCAAACAGAUUUUAGUCAAUUAGCCUGCUAUGGGGAUACGAAUACGAAUAUUGCAUCGAUUGGUAGUAUACCAAUUCUUCACGCUACUGGUGAAGAGUAUAUUCGAUGCAUCAAAGCACGAAAGAAUAUUAUUUUGAAAGCGAAGAGAAAAUUACCACGAACUUUAAGUGACACCAACAAACAUCGACCGGCAUCUGCUCGGCGAAUGAAUAGUUUCGAUCAGCAACAGAUGGAAGAUGCAAUAAGUCAUUCGACAACUGGAUUAACUAGUGGACAUCAGAAUGCUGGAUUAUCGGGUAGCAGUUUAGCUGUAGGCGGAACAACAACGGGAAGUUUAUCGAAAAAAUCAAAGAAUAUUUUCAAAAAUGUGAAUCGAUUAAGAUGGGGAAGGAAUGAUCGACACAAUCCAUCUGCUUCGAACGCUCAACAAAGCACAAGUAAACGUGUCACUUCGCUGGCGACUGCGACAACUGGACUCGAUGAAUUAGCAAUGCCCACCGAUGCAAUCAGUUUAGUAAGUCAUAUCACAUAUUGA